AACACAUGGAGCCAACGCCUCCUCACUUCUCCCUCAUUCUCUAUCUUCUUCUCCCCCUUCUGCACUUCGUCGCCUUGUUCACUUUCUUCUGGCAGCUGUAGCAAGCAUGUGCCAUUAGUAGCUGCCCAUAAAGAAGCGAAAAACGCAGCUCUGUUUCUUGUUCUCUUUCAUCGACACUCCACGAAUGUCUCCGCCCCUCGCUCUCUUGAGCCAGAACCCGCCUGUUGUUCCGAAUCUCAGGUCCCUCCGUCCGCGACCCAUUGCCGGUCGUUCUUGCUCCUUCGCUCUCUCCCGUCGCGGAGUGUCGUUCUUGGAGCAGUAUGGGAGCUCGGCGACUUCGGGUAGUGGCAGGGGUUCGAGUCUCAGAGCUCGGAGCUUGCAACAAGGGGAUGGAGAAGUUUUUGAAGCCAUCAUCUCCAAAGAUACUCUGGAUGCAGCAGAAGCAGAUAUGGUUGAGAAUGAGCUUCAAGACAAAGUAAAGAGUGGCGCCAUUGGAGGAAGAUCGUUGCUCAUUAAAUUAGCAAUUGCCCUUGGCAUAGCUGUAUUUGGCACAUUGAUAUCUAUUAGUGUUAAGUGGUCUUCCCCUGGAUCAUCACUGGGAUUUCAGAUUUCGGCAGAUGAUUCUUCCUCUGCUGUAAUGGCUGCAUCUCCUGUUGGUUUCAGUUUCAAAGCUUUUGGAUACAAAGUUUUGCUUCCAGAAUGUGCCCCCGGGUGGAUUUACUUUUGGCUGUUAAUGGCUGCUGGGUGUGGACUUUUCAUUAGUGAGGAGGCUUUGAAUAUAUGGGUUGGCAUAACUUUGUCCCGGAUGCUCUCCUUGGAUGGCACGUGGCAAUCGUUUGCGGAAUCUUUCUCAAGAAACACCCCUUUCAUCCUGUCGACAGUUAUGUGGGUAUAUUGGGGAGUUUGUAUAAGCGAUAUGAUACCCUUUUACCUUGGGAAGCUUUUCAGACAAACUGGGGCAUCAGAUGAUAUUUGUGCAAAGUUAGGCAUUGGGAAGGAGAAGGUUUUGAACAUUACUCGUAUUGUACGAAAAUAUGGAAAUCUCAUCGGUUUUGUUGAACGAUUUUCCCUUGGAGUGAGGAAUCCAACAGCUUUCCUCGCAGGGGCCUCGGGAAUAUCUCCAGAGUAUUUUUUUGCUGGAGUGUGUUGUGGAGGCUUGAUCACACUUCCUGUCCAGUUGGGAAUCGGAUUUUUACUGAGGGAACGUCCUCUAUUUGCUGUUGCAACUGUUGCGACUGCAGUGGGAACUUGGACCAUCUUUCCAUAUGCAAUAGCUGCUUCUACAGCGCUAUUUCUCUUUCUGCGGCGGCGCUACUCCACAUGAUUGGCUUGUAAACUUGUUUUCUGCAGCGGGAACUUCUCGUGUAGAUUCAUGGAAUUUGCUACAUUGUAUAAAAGGAGGAAAUAGCUGCUAGCAUCUUAUUUAUUAUUUUUGGGAUGGUCAUUGCAACUUUCUGUUGAAUCACCAUCCGUGUCAUAGCUUUUUCAUGAUUUUUAACGGAAUAGUCUGUCUAUUAAUUUGUUAGAUGUGUGGGCGGUGUACAACCAAAAGGGAAUAAUGUUUGAUGCUUAGAGUGUACCCUUGUUUGUGAUGC